UAGCAGCGUCUUAGCUGCUGGGGAGGCUCAGAAAGCUAGCAAACAACCACAGAAGAGAUAGGAACAGUGCUCUGCUUGGGAAGCGGCCGACAUACUGAGAAAGGCUUUGGGUUCCAUUGUGUCCUUGCCCAUGCAUUGAGACACCAUCACCACCUGCUUCCCUGGUUCAGGUCCCCGGCAUUAGAAGGCUGACUCCGGAGCAGAUCAUGCAGACGUUCCUGCGGGGAAGAGUGCGUAUCAAAGUGGAGGAGGAGUUUUUCGCCACGGACAAGGCUCUGCUGGUGGAACACAGUGAGUAUUUCCGCGCGCUCUUCCAGUCUGGCAUGAAGGAGAGCACGCAAGAUGAAAUCCAGAUCCAAGACUUGAGUGCCGUGGGAUUUCUCCUCAUGCUCCGGGUCCUGGCAGGGGAGAGACCCGUGCUGACCUGUGAGGAGAAUCUCAAGGCGGUUGAAUGUGCAGCUUUUCUUCAGGUGAAGACGAUGACCAAGUAUCUGAUUAAUUCCAUCAAUUCCGAUAACUGCAUUGUCCUUUAUCAAGCUGCUGCCAUGUUUGGCCUGCAGGACCUUUUCCACAGUGCUGCCCUGUACAUUAGAGAUGGCUAUUCUGAUUUAGAGGAGUACUUAGACUGCCUUUCCGCUGACCUGCUGGAUUACGUGGACUCCCUUCUGCCCAGCACGUUUGUCGCAGUGGGAGCCCAUACGCCAACCUUUGAGUUUCUACAGGACCUUUCGAGAACCAUCUGCUACCUUGAUGAGGACGACAACACGUGGAAGACGCUCUCCUGCUUGCCACUGACGGCCAGCACAUUCCUGGCCGGCAUGGCAACACUGGAUAAUAAGAUCUACAUAGUGGGCGGAGUCCGCGGAGCGAGCAAACAAAUCGUGGACAUCAGCUUUUGCUAUGACGUAGAUGCUAACAGCUGGAGCGAGUUUCCCAGUCCUCAGCAGCUCCGGUACGACCUCACACUGACAGGUCAUGAAGGUUAUCUUUACGCCAUAGGAGGAGAAUUUGAGAAGACCUUGCUAAAGUCUGUGGAGAAAUACAAUGUGUCCUCCAACACCUGGACUUUUGUCGCCGAUCUGCCCCAGCCAACAGCAGGUGCGCCCUGCGCCCAGGCCAUGGGGCGGAUAUUUGUCUGCUUGUGGAAGCCACUAGACACCACGAUCAUUUAUGAGUAUGAGAUCCAGAAAGACGAAUGGCUUCCUAUCUCAGCCUUAAAGAGACCUCAGAGCUAUGGCCAUUGCAUGGUGGCCCACAGAGAUAAUCUCUACAUCAUGCGGAAUGGGCCCUCAGACGACUUCCUGCGGUGUGUGAUAGAUUGCUUCAACCUCACCAGCCUGCAGUGGACAGCUUUACCGGGGCAAUUCGUGAACAGCAAAGGAGCUCUCUUCACUGCCGUAAUCAGGGGGGAUACGGUUUAUACAGUCAACAGGAUGCUGACCCUCCUCUACUCCAUAGAAGAGACGGCAUGGAGGUUCAAAAAGGAGAAGGCUGGCUUCCCAAGGAGCGGGUCCCUACAGACCUUCCUUCUCAGGUUCCCAAGGAGAGACCACAGCAUUGCCACUUAGUCAGUCCCUGCCACAAGGGGGCACUCUAGGAUACAGGAGCCAGUGAAAGCUAUUUAAAAAUGGAUCCUCAGCUUUCUCCUUUUCUUUCCAAGCCUCCAGCUGCUCAGUAGAAUUCCGUGUAUAACAGGAGGCUGCAGCACCACUCGGGUCCCAAUCCACUAAGUGCUUCUAGCUCCUCCUACAUUCGCCCUUCCAAGGAGCCAGCGUGAGGAGCUGCAGUUCUGCUGCCAAGCCUGCUGAUUGCCCUCUGCUCCUGGUUACAAAGCAUUGAGCGCUCUGUAAUGCUCACCCUUUAUUUAACCCGAGGUUGUCCUAAUGUGUCUGGAGUUUGUAGAGCCCUUAGAGACCUCCAGAUGAAAGACAUUUCAGAAAUGCAAAAUAGACAGUGUGGCCUAAGGGACAGAACACCAGACCGGAACUUGGGUGACCUGGGUUGGAUUCUCAGCUCUGCCACUGGCCUUCUGGAUAACCUUGGACAAGUCACUUCCCCUCCGUGUGCCUCAGUCUCCCCAUCUUUAAAAUGGGAAUAAUGACAUUGCCCUCCUCUGUAAAACACAUUGAGAUCCAUGGAGCUGGGUAUAGUUCAUAUUGACCGAAUUCGUCAAAUGUUUAUAAAACCAUUUAUUCUAGGUACUGAUGGGAAAAGAUCAAUUAUCUUGUAGAAUUAAAGGGAAGAGGUUUUUUUUAAAUGUAGGCACAUGUUUUAAAAGGGUCAUUGUUUUAGGGAAAUUGAAUGAAAUAACUUGUAACGCUGUUUAUAAGUGAGGUUUUUAUACUGCCAGGGAAAUGCUUUUCUGGCUGCCAAACAUGUACUUUGGAGUGUAUUCCCUGCAUUGCUCUUGAGAUAUCAAAGGAAUAUAUCCAUGGACCUGUUUCCAAUUUAAAGCGAUAGCAUGGACUGGAACCAGGUACCUGGAAAGUCUCUGAAGGACAGUGUGUAGAGGGGGUGGGGAAAUUAUACCGGUGCGAUGAAGGGAAGAAAAAUUAUGCUGUUCUGAAUUGAUUCCAAUAGGAUUCCAAGUGAGACAAUCCAAUAACUGUUAGAGGUGGACUGACAGCAGGUGGUAUCUGGCACAUUUAGGCUGAGAGUUGGCUGGGCAGAGUCCGAGCACUAAAGCUUGGCUUCCGAUCUGACAUUCCCCGCAUCUUAUGAGCCAUUAGUGUAGGACUGUGGCUCAAAGUGGUAGAAAUCUCCCAAGACCAGCUGAUCUCGUAGCAUUUCGGGCUGCUUCCAGCGUGGAUUCUGAACCAAAACCAGGGGGUCAGGGAUUGGGUCUGGAGGAUUCUGAUUUUGCAGAUUGCAAAGGGGUGGGGGGUCGGGUUCAAGAUCCUGUUUCGGUGCAUCUCUGGUAAGAACAUUUGUAGGGUGAGUCUUGAACUGGAAUCAUCUGGAUCCAAACCCCUGCCUCAUGAUUUUGGUACCAGAUGUGGAGCUGGAACUGUUCUAUAGAAUUUCUGUUUAAUACUUAGGGCCUUCCUCACUCAUAUUAGCCUGCCCUUCAUGUGCUUAACAGCAUCGUCCCCAGAAAGAGCCCUCAAGAAAGGUUUACCUCUGGGAAUGACAAUGCAGCAUCAGUCAAUGCCGACUAGCUGAUCAUGUGACACCUUUCGGAAUGGUGUUGCUGGGACAGAUAUUAAAACUGUGGGUCAAAUAUCUCCCUGGUGUAACAUCAUUGACUUAGUAUCAGAGGGGUAGUCGUGUUAGUCCGUAGCCACAAAAACAACAAGGAGUCUGGUGGCACCUUAAAGACUAAGAGAUUUAUUUGGGCACAAGCUUUCAUGGGUAAAAACUCCACUUGUUCAGAUGCAUGGAGUGACUUAGGUGAGUUACAGUAAGGAUGAAUCUGGCCCAGUCUGCAGCCCUGGGAAUGUGGGACACUUGUGGGUGCUGGGUUCAAUAUUUCCUUCUCAUCCCGCAGUGCUUUACAUCCUGCUUGUUAACGCUCCCUGCUCUCAUUGGCAAGAUUGCUAGCAACACAGGGCAGAUUCCUAAGCCAGUCUGGAGGGGCCAGCAGAGGAGACUGGAAGUGCCGCAGUGACCCCUCCAGCCACUUUGGGGGCAGGGUUUAUCUGCUCUUGAGAAGGCCACAUCCAGCCCCCCCUGGUCAGGGACACUGGUCACUGAGGUACCCGUCCCUAUGGGCAGAUAGAGAAUACUGCUGUUACAACAGAGGAGCCUGAACCAAAUCUCUCAAAACUGAGUAUCCCUGGACUUGGGAGUGCUCAGAAUCUGAACCCCGGUCCCAAUCCACAUUUUGAAAGUGGCCCCCUCUUCAUAAUGGGCUAAACCAGAACGCCAGAUCCAAACAUUCAUGAACUGUGGGGUAUUUGAGUUGUCAGUUCCGAGGUGGAAACCUCACUAGGUAUUAAUCAUCAAACCUCUUUCUGACUGGUGUAUUUAGCAGAUGGACUCUUUGUGUUGGGCUAUAAACAAGGUGGACUAUGAAAGGUUAAUUGGAACCAUGAAAAACCCUUCUCCCUGGAAUGAGAACAUAUGGCCACUCUCAUUUGUGACUUACGCCAGGUUUUCAAACCAGAUCUCUGGCCCAAAGGACUAACCCCCUCCACACCCUUGUAUGCCAGUCAGCUCUUUCAGGCAGGCAGGCAGGAUCUCACUUUCAGUUGUCCUCCUCCUCCAUUUCCAGUAAGUGAGCAUUACAGUAGCUGCCUGCAUUCAGUUCAGUACUCGCGCACCCAGGAGCACAUAGCCACAAGCUCAGUAAGAACAUGAUACAGGUGGACAGGCUCCCAGGCUACAAUGGGAGCUGUAUCUCGGGGUGGAUCAGUUUCACAGCAACAGCGGAUUCUGCAGUGGAAGUACAGGCAAGUCAAGAGCUGUGUGUCCCGGGAGAAAUCCUGAAGUGGCCCAUACGACUUCACAGUAAUGGGUGUGUUAGUGUAAAGUACAGGGAUCAAAAUACAGCUCCCCAUUCCACCCUCACUACAAAUCAAUGGGGUUAU